AUUCAAUAACCGCGAGAAUAUUUGCGGCUGGAUUAUUCAAUGUGAGCAUGCACAACUGUUAUACUGACCUGCUUUGUCACAUGUGUCAAUGUGUCAGAUAGCUAAUAGCUCUAUGUGAAGGGAAAACAUUUCAAUUCAAUUUCACAUUGAUACAAUCCGAUUGCACACUGCACAGUGUUUGAAGAUAAAAAAAUUUCUCAGUUUAAAAUUUCAGUUGAAAAGUUUAGAGAAAAUAUUCAGAAAUAUGACAAAAUCAAAAGAAGCACCCGUUCCACUUGAUGUCGUCGCUAACUUGAUCCAUGACAUAAAAGUCGGCAACAUUGAGGGAUCGUACGUUAUAACAACGCAUGCCGUUCAACUGUUCAAAGAAAUCAUUUCGAAAACAAAAUGGAAAACAGCAGACGAACUUAUGACAAUGGUACGACAACAAGGGCGGUUGUUUGUAUCGGCAUUACCACAAGAGUCCGUUAUUGCGAAUAUGGCAAGACGCGUAUUGAAAUUAAUUCGAGAAGAAUUUGAUGCACUUCAGAAGGUUCAAGUUCCAGUUGCGGAUGAUUCACAAGCCACACUGUCACUGCACAAAUUGGUUACACAAACGAGUGAGAGUGAACAGGUUCGGGACUAUUCUAAACCACAAGAUGGUCUUCGAGCUGCGUUGUUGGAUCAUUUGCAAGAGAUUGAAACUGAACUCGAAACCAGCGCUGAAAAUCUCUCAGCACAGGCUGCUGAACAUAUUCAUUCAUCGGAAUUGAUAUUGACACUCGGCCAUUCACGAUCAGUCGAAAGUUUUUUGAAAAGUGCAGCGAAACAACGAAAAUUUGAAGUAGUAAUCGCGGAAUGUGCACCAGCUUGCAGAGGACAUGCUUUGGCUGCCUCGUUGGCUAAGUCUAAGAUUGAAACCACCGUCAUUUCGGAUGCGGCAAUUUUUGCAAUGAUGUCUCGCGUGAAUAAAGUCAUCAUUGGCACACACAGUGUAUUAGCCAACGGUGGACUGAGAGCGGCUUGUGGAGCUCUAACCGUUGCAUUGGCUGCAAAACAUUACUCAGUUCCAGUUAUUGUACUGUGUCCAAUGUAUAAAUUGUCACCAGUGCACUUGUGUAGCUAUGAACAAGAUGCCUUUAACUUAGUUGGAUGCGCAGAAGGCAUAAUCCCAUAUAGCUCUAGUGCAGCACCCUUUGCAAAGGCAUUCAGUCCGAUAUUUGAUUAUGUACCGCCCGAACUCGUCACUUUAUUCAUUUCAAAUCAGGGAGGGAAUGCACCUUCAUAUAUGUAUCGACUGCUAAGUGAACUUUAUCACCCAGAGGAUUAUGAUUUGUAGCAGAUUUAAAUUAUUGUUGUUAAUAAACGACUAACAUGAUUGCUUUUUUCCCCCAAAUUCAAUAAACAUCUUUAAGAUUAACAUAAAAAAA